CUGAAACACAUCACAACACAUCCUCGCCCUUGGCUUCAUCCUACUCCUUCCUUAGAGCAUCUUCGAGUGUAAAAGAACUUCAAAUCUCGCUUCCACAAUGGCUGAGAGAGCUGUCAAGAAAGCCGGAGAGACAGCUGGACGCCCCAAGUACAGCCAGAUGGUCGCCGCCGCCAUCAGGGCCUUGAAGGAGCGGACUGGUUCCUCCCGUCAGGCGAUCCUCAAGUACGUCGUCGGCGUCUACGGGAUCGAGGACGAGAAGAGAGCAGGCGUUCAGGUCCGGCUGGCGCUGAAGAAGGGCGUUGCUGGAGGGUCUCUGGUGCAGGUGAAGGGGACAGGGGCUUCUGGCUCCUUCAAGCUCGCCAAGGUGGAAGGCAAAGCGGAGGGAAAGAAACCCGCUGCUAAGAAGGAUGGAACCAAAACCAAGAAGGAAUUGUCGAAGAAACCGUCCGCGAAAAAGACCACUGUCAAGAAACCAGCCGCCAAGAAGACUCCGGCAAAGAAAGGAUCCGCGAAAAAGACCGCAGUGAAGAAACCAGCCGCCAAAAAGACCACAGUCAACAAAGCCACAGCCAAAAAAGGCGUGACGAAGAAACCCAAUGCGAAGAAGGAAUCGCUGAAGAAAUCAACAAAGGAAAAGGUUUCGACGAAGAAAACGACGCUCAAGCAGCCGUCUUCCAAGAAAAUCGUCAAGAAGUCUGCAACUAAGAAGACGGAGAAGAAAUCCACAAAUAAGAAGGUCGCCAAAAAAUAAAGCUUGUUAGGAAUUCCUUUUAUGUAUAUAUGUCAAAUAAACGUACAUAAU